AUGUUGACUCAGUUUCUCUGGCUUCACAACAACUCUAUUAUUUUAGCUACUGCUUACUUUAAAACUUUACUUGUCUUUUCUGUUAUCUUCUUUUUCUCCUCCCUUUUCUUCUUCUUUCUUUUGAUUUUUUUGCUGCUUUUUCUUCUACUUUCUUCCAUAUUUUUUCUUCAAAUCUUAAUCUUUUUCUUCUUUUUUUGUUUUUUACUUUAUUUUUUCUUAUUUUCCUACUUUUUAUUUUCCAUUCUUUUUAUAUUUUUUCUUAUUCUUUCUUCCUCCUCUUUUUCCUUUUUUCCCUUUCUUUUUUCUUCUUUUCAUCUUUUUUCCUCUAAUCUUUUUCUUCUUCCUUUUCCUACUUCUUCUUAUUCUUUUCUUUAUUCUUUGUUCUUCUUUUCUCUUCUUUUUACCUUUCAUCUUUUUUCCUCAUUUUUUUGUUCACUCUCAAUUCAUUUUAUUCUUUUUUACUUUUUUCAUCACUAUUUUUCUUCUUUCUUUUCUUCUUCCUUUUCCUUACUAUAUACAUAUUUGUCCUUCUUUUUCUUCAAAUUUUACUCUUUUUUUCUUCCCCCUUUUAUACUUUAUUCUUUUUUCUACUUCUUUUUCUUAUUCUUUUCUCUAUUUUACUGUUUCUUUUUCUUCUUCCUCUUUUUAUUUUUUCCUUUUAUUCUUUUUUCUUCUUCUUCAUUUUUUUACUGUACUCAUUGA